CUCCUGCUAUCUAGCUGCUGUAGCUUAAUCCCGAGCUUGGUUUACUUACUCAGCGGGGCAUGCAGCGAGAUAGCUGGUAUAAGUCCUUCCUGACGUCCGCUUCUACUCUUUCUCCAUCCCACCUCUGCUCGUGAGACUCGCCGCUUUUCCCAAGGUUCAAUUGCUUCACUCGUUUUCGUGGACAGCUUCCUUCGUUGAUAAGCGUUCAAUUGCCCAUCAUGAAGUCUGUCGUCGCGCUUUCCGCUCUCUCUAUGCUCGCCGGUGCCGAGGCAGCUGAGACCGUUCUUGGAGCCUACAUCUUCCACCGCCAUGGCGACCGCACACCAAAGGCUCUUGCUCCUACCAAUCUGACUGCUCUUGGUUAUGGACAGGUCUAUACAUCCGGCCAGUACUACCGCUCACGCUACCUGUCCGGUGACUCCAAGAUUCACGGCAUCAAUGAAGAUGAAGUCAAGUUGUCCCAGCUCCAGGUCCAAGCACCCGUCGACAAUGUCCUCCAGAACUCAGCCAUGGGUUUCCUCCAGGGACUGUACCCCCCUGUCCAGACAGUUCAGACUCUUGCCAAUGGCCAGAAUGUACAAGCGCCAAUGGAUGGCUACCAGCUCAUCCCAGUCAACACCAUUGAGACUGGCUCUGGCUCCGAGGACAAUGGCUGGCUACAGGACGCAUCGAGCUGCCAGAACGCAAAGACCAGCUCAAACUCAUACUUCGACAGUGAGUCGUACAAGAACCUGGCGUCCAGCUCCAAGGACUUUUACUCCUCUAUUGUUCCUUCGAUGAACGGCGUAGUUAGCGAUGAGCAGGUGUCCUUCAAGAACGCUUACGUCGUCUACGAUACCAUCCACGUAGCCGAGAUCCACAACUCCAGCAUUCCCAACUCUGACGCCCUUACCAACACCACCCUCACCCAACUCCGUACUCUCGCCGACGCCCACGAGUGGGGUCUCGCCUACAACGCCAGCGACAACAUGCGCGCAGUCGCCGGGAUGCAACUCGCCGGAGAAAUCCUUGAAUACAUGAACAACAUCAUUUCCACCUCCGGCUCCAAGAAAUUUGGCAUCCAAUUCGGCGCCUACGCAACCUUCAUGUCCUUCUUCGGUCUCGCCGACCUGCAAAAGGUCAGCGACGACUUCACCGGCGUUGUCGACUACGCUAGCUCCAUGGUCUUCGAACUCUUUACCAACGCAGAUGUUGACUCUGGUUUCCCCAACGGAGACGACCUGCAAGUUCGCUUCCUGUUCCACAACGGCACCGCUAGCAACACUAGUGAACCCACCGUCUUCCCUCUCUUCGGCGGCAGCGAGAACGCUGUCUCGUGGAACACGUUCCAGGAUAAGCUGAAUGACUUUGCUAUUACGACUACGGAGCAGUGGUGCACUAAGUGUGGUAACACUGCUGGGUCUUGCGCUGCGUUUGUCAAGGACAAUGGUGCUACUACUGCGCAGCAGAGUGGAAACGGUAGCAGUGAUAUCUCGCCUGCAAUUGGUGGUGUUAUUGGUGCUUUUGUCACGCUGGCUGUGGUCUUGGGAUCGCUCGCGGCGCUUAUGCUAGUUGGUGGGUUUAGGCUUGUUAGCAAGAAGGCGCUGCAGAGGGGUGUUGCGACGAGUAGUGUUGAGCCCAAGGCUUAGAUACUGCUUGGAUGAGAUGGCGGUGGAUGGCUAUUCGGUGUAUCGGAACGGCAUCCAAGGUUCUGGACAUGAAGAUGACGAAGGAAGAGUAUCUGAAGAAUUAUCACGAUUGGUAUGAUAUCAAUGAAUAAACAUGAUCGAGACGGUAUGUUGUCAACCUUUUGGUCUAAGUCUUCUUAUAUGAUGAAUGGAGUUGUGGUACUGCGUAGGCAACUUCU